UCCUAUUACGACAAAAAACUUUUUCUUCUCUCAAUGCUUCGUGUUUGUGUUAAUUCUUUUCUAGUUAUUCUCCUGGCUAUAUGGACUUCUCUCAAUUGUAAUAUGUCAGAAGGGGCUAAUUAUAUUCCAUUUGGUUUUGGUGGUCACCCUUUGGUAAGAAACGAAAUCAUGAGUCUUUACAACGCACGGCAUAUUGCAAAUAGCAACGAGGACCUUCAAUAUUAUAAAGGAAUGGAAAAUGCUUGCGAUGUAAAGUUUGAUGAUAAUGGGGAUAUAGUUCUGAAUUACAACUCCGUUCGUGAGACUGGAUGUGCCAUCGAUCUUAUAGCCAAGUUCGAUUUUGUGUUCGAAUUCAAAGCAAUUUUGAGUAAUGAUAACAAAGAGAUUAAGGAGUGUCUUCAGCCAAUGACAACCGAUGGAUUUAAUGCCAAUUUGUGA